GCCGUUCCGUGACGUCACGUGAUCUGGCUUCUCUUUUAAAAAGACGGCGGGAAUAGCGAUCUUUAUUUCUUCAGGUUUGCCGAAGGAAACGUUCACGUCUGGCGAUUAUUCGCGAAAACGAGCGCGAUGGUACGAACUAAAGCUGAUAGUGUUCCCGGCUCUUACAGGAAAGCUGUUGCCGCUUCUGCUCCCCGGAAAUCACUCGGCGCGUCCGGAUCCGUGAACGCGCACAGCAGCGGCGCGCAAUCGGGCACGCCUGCCAAGAAUAAAUACGCCGGCGGGAAUCCCGUGUGUCCGCGGCCCACACCCACGUGGCAGAAGGGCAUCGGUGAUUUCUUCGGCGGCCCCGGCAGGAAACCGGAGAAGGAGAAUCUUCAUCCCGCGUCUGACGACGAGGAGGCGGGCGGCAGCGGCGUCUCUAAAGCGCCCAGGAAGUCCAGACCGAUCAUCGAUGACGACGAGGAGGAGGAUUAAUUGCAUGAUAUUCAGUUUACAUGUUUCACUGACUUGACAAUUUUAGUGUAAAUCUUUGUAAAUACUUUUAAUAGGAUGUCUCGUUCAUUUUGUACAGAAGUUUAAUAAAAUGAAUUUUUUUUU